AAAGAACGGUUUUGAAAUUGUACAAAGACAUAUUGCGAUACGGUGAAAAUUUAAAAUACACCGAUAAAAAAUAUUUCCGGCAAAAAAUUCGUAAAAGCUUUAAAGAGAAUAAAGGGUUAACCGACGAGGAAGAUAUAACUUUCGCAUUAAAGAAAGGGCAGCAAUUUUUGUUACUACAGCGGGUCGUCUGAGUGAACCGUUAAUGCGAAGAUAAACAUGUAAUUGUAGUUAUAAAAAUGUUUAAAUUUGUAUCACAGAAAAAUGAUUUUAUUCGUUCCUUCGUCGGACACGUAUCCUCGUUCAGUAUCAAUCAAAUCAGUACCGAUCAAAUUCGAUAUAAAUCUUACAAGCGGUUCCUAGAUUACUCGAAUGUGCCUGAACUGAAUGACGAUGAUCUUCAAGAGCAAUUCGUGAGGGGAUCCGGACCUGGUGGUCAAGCGGUCAAUAAAACGUCAAAUGCAGUAGUCCUGAAGCACAAACCAACCGGUUUAGUUGUAAGGUGCCACGAGACCAGAAGUUUAAUACAAAACAGGAAAAUUGCCAGGGAAAAUAUGCUGACGAAAUUGGACAAUUUAAUUAACGGUGAAAACUCCUUGCAAAAUCAAGAAGAGAGGCUUAAGAAGAAGGAUGCUGUAAAGAAGAAACAAAAACAAAAGAAAUUGGCGGCCAUGAAACAGGCGUUCGAGGAAAGUAACAAUCCCAAAUGAACACCAUCAUUUGAGAAAAAGAUAAUUACCUGUAGAUACAGAUUACAGCGAAAGCGAGCACCUAGGUAAAGGGUGAAAGUAAUCACAUACAACAUUUCUUUCAAUUUUAAUGGAAAAUUCAUAUCUUUAAUAGUCAUCUCUUUUUUGUAAUCAUGAAAGGCUUACAUUACUUUUCUUUGAAAUAAAAUAUUUAGGUGGACCCUCCGCGAGGGGAUUUAAUAUUUAAUGUUUACGUACAAUGAUGCGUUUUGUAACAGAACAUGAUCAGUACACGCUACGAUAAAGCUUCCUUAUGCAGCUUCGCGUGAUUCCGGGACUGUCCACUGCGAAUGGAGUGAAAAAAAAGGAAAAAAAAGAGAAA